CGCGACGCCGAGCGAUGUGAAGCGAGCGUGUGCUUGUCUCUUUAAGAAACACUCCUGUUGCACGAGAGCCUGGUGUUUUUCCACUCUCUCCGUUAUUACAUGCGCUCCCAUAUAAGACAGAAGUCGGGGGGAGAGGGCGUAAAGAUUAUUUCCCUUGCUUUGUAGCCUCACCACAAGAAGACAAAAGAACAAGAGACGGACUUGAGCAAUACAUUGCAUUGUCAGUAUGGCACAGAAGGAGAAGUUGCAGUGUCUCAAAGAUUUCCAUAAGGACACAUUGAAGCCGUCUCCUGGUAAGAGUCCCGGCACGCGUCCGGAAGACGAGGCGGAGGGUAAAGCACCGCAGCGGGAGAAAUGGGCCAGCAAGCUGGAUUUCGUGCUCUCUGUGGCCGGAGGUUUUGUCGGUUUAGGCAACGUUUGGCGUUUCCCGUACCUCUGCUACAAGAAUGGCGGAGGUGCAUUUCUCAUCCCCUACUUCAUAUUUCUGUUUGGCGGAGGGUUACCCGUCUUCUUUCUGGAGGUGGCGCUCGGCCAGUUCACCUCUGAGGGAGGAAUCACCUGCUGGGGGAAACUCUGCCCCAUUUUUACUGGAAUCGGCUACGCCUCAGUCGUGAUCGUGUCUCUGCUGAACAUCUACUACAUCGUGAUCCUGGCGUGGGGUCUGUACUACCUGCUGCAGUGUUUCCAGCACGAGCUGCCCUGGGCCCGCUGCCGGCACAGCUGGAACACGGAGAACUGCGUAGAGGACACCGUCCGCAAGAACAAAACCCUCUGGAUCUCCGCUAACGCAGGCAACUUCACCUCGCCGGUCACCGAAUUCUGGGAGCGGAACGUCCUCAGCAUCUCUUCAGGGAUCGACGAGGUCGGCGGUCUGAAGUGGGAGCUGGCGUUGUGCCUGCUGGCUGUCUGGAUCAUCUGCUUCUUCUGCAUCUGGAAAGGAGUCAAAUCCACCGGCAAGGUGGUUUAUUUCACAGCGACGUUUCCCUUCCUCAUGCUGAUUGUGCUGCUGGUUCGUGGUGUUACUCUGCCUGGUGCCGCCGAGGGCAUCAAGUUCUACCUUUACCCUGAUCUGACCCGCCUGAAGGACCCUGAGGUGUGGAUUGAUGCAGGCACUCAGAUCUUCUUCUCAUAUGCUAUUUGUCUUGGUGCAAUGACAUCACUGGGAAGCUACAAUAAGUACAAGUAUAACUGUUACAGGGACUGCAUGCUGCUCGGAUGCCUGAACAGCGGUACCAGUUUCGUGUCAGGCUUUGCCAUUUUCUCUGUCCUGGGGUUCAUGGCACAGGAGCAGGGCGUGGCCAUCGCCGAUGUGGCCGAGUCAGGUCCUGGUCUGGCCUUCAUCGCAUAUCCAAAGGCCGUUACAAUGAUGCCACUGCCGACGGUCUGGGCGAUACUUUUCUUCAUAAUGCUUCUGCUGCUGGGCCUAGACAGUCAGUUUGUAGAAGUGGAGGGUCAGAUCACCUCGCUGGUGGACCUGUACCCAUCCCUCCUAAGGAAGGGAUACCGGAGAGAAAUCUUCAUCGCUGUUAUCUGCGUCAUCAGUUACCUGCUGGGACUCACCAUGGUCACUAAAGGUGGCAUGUACGUCUUCCAGUUGUUUGACUACUAUGCCGCCAGCGGUGUGUGCCUUCUCUGGGUUGCAUUCUUUGAAUGUGUUGCAGUAGCCUGGGUUUACGGGGCUGAUAAUUUCUACGAUGCUAUAGAGGACAUGAUCGGCUACAGACCCAACAGCUGGAUGAAAUGGAGCUGGAUGCUGAUCACACCCGUCCUUUGUGUGGGUUGUUUUGUCUUUUCACUGGUGAAGUACAAGCCGCUCACCUAUAACAAGCUUUACAAGUAUCCUGAUUGGUCCGUUGGACUGGGUUGGGCUCUUGCACUGGCUUCUAUGAUUUGCAUCCCGAUGAUGGUCGUCAUCAAAAUCAUCCAAUCAGACGGCUCCCUGAUAGAGCGGAUCAAAGCGGUGGCGGCGCCCGUUAAAGGAGGCGCGAGCUCUCGCCCGAAGGAGUACAGCCUGAAGAACAGCGAGCUGCUUCACCCUCUGGACCCCAACGGCAUCCACACCUUCACCAAACACACCCACACCAUCGUAGAAACUACUAUGUGAGACUCUCUAAGAGAGAUUCCCAUAUUCUCCUGCUCCUGUCCUCUCCUAUGGGAGAUCCCGUUUUCCUGUGUUGUCCCUCUGCCUUCCCCUCUGUUCCUCUCUCUCUCUCGCUCUGCACUAGUGCAUUUUUAUGAAAUGAUCUUAUAUCGAUAUCUAUCUUUUUUGCCAUGUAGGAUUUGUAUUCUGAUUGUAAUCACUGGUAUUAGCAUUAAUGCUGAUAUUGUAAUAACCUGAUGUGAGCUUUAGCUGUGUGGGGCGGUUUGUUUAAUCUGUAGUGCACUGUUUCACAUUAAACCGUGUCCUAAUCAGGAGCGACACACGAUUUAACACUCAUCGCUUUACUAUUACUAUCACAUCAGAGAGAUUUUGCUGUCAAUUUCGGUGCUGUCACUCUGGGUAGCCCCGCCCACAGCGAAAUCCCAUUGGUCCAAAAUCACGCUCCCGAUAUUCUUAUUGCAUUUUACUAGUUUUAUCUUGUUGCGCCUGGUUAGGACACAAUCCAUCAGCAGAGAGAGCGAGUUUUAGUUCAUUUUUAGGAUAAACGUAAAACAGCAGCGAACUAAAUGUGACAUUUAGCUCCGUCCGUCAGUGGUUGUGGCAGUAACUCUUGUACGAUGAGGUUCUUAAAUGUUCUUUGUCUUGAAGAAAAAUGAAUGUACCUCCGCUUUGGGGCGGACGCUGUGCGCAGUCAUGCACACUCACACGUAAGACAUAACCUUAACGCUCUGUCCUUUCAGUCUCUCCUUGAACUCUAGUGAUCACUGCCAUCGCACACAUCGAGUUCAUUUAACACUGUAGGCAGCUGUGUUCACUGAUGUAAGUAUCAUUUGAUGCACUAUUAUAAGCGCCAUUCGCUGUAAGCUGAUCCGAGAGCUGAUGAUUAUCAGCACCACGCGGAGCCGUUCGGCAGCACUUUACAAGCUCUUCAUGUACAGCGCGCUCCGAAAGUCUGAGACUGUACAAGUCAAAAUGUUUCUGUGUAUAUUUUAUUUAACAUUU